UCAGCGGAGACGGAGGGCCAUAGCAACGGGACUUAUUCCCCCAAAAUCGGCGUUUUAAGUUACCUGCUAGGGCUUCCUUUCGUCAUUAUUUUGAGAAAUUUCCGGUAAUCCUGACCCAAGUUUGCAAAAAAUUUACAGCUUUCCCCAUUAUUGCUGCUGUCUUGGGCUCCAUUGGCGCGUUUAUUGGGGGUUGAGAGAUUGGGAUUCCAAAUGGUUAGCUCUUAUUUCUGAUCUUCGUCCAAUUUGGGAUCUUUUCUCACUGGGUUUUGAUUGGAAUUUUGAGGUUCCCAGCAGCUGAAACCCUCCCUUCUUGUUUAAGAUUUGGGAGUACAGUUGAGAAAUCGGCUUGUUGCAAAGCUGAUAUCUGUGUUGUUUUCUUCUUCAUUUGGGUCAGUUUGGAUCUCUGCUUUGGGUUCCGUUGGAAAUUAGGUUUUCUUGCAGCUGAAACCUUUGUUCUUUGUCCAUUGGAAAUUAGGUUUUCUUGCAGCUGAAACCUUUGUUCUUUGUCCAUUUGAUCGUCUCGUCAUAGUAAUUACUUGGGAUCUGAUUUUUUUCUCCCAUUUUUUGAAGACCAUUCAACAAAGCUGCUAAUUGUGUACCCAGCAAAUUGAUCAUCUGCAUUCUAAACUCUACCCAUUGAGUUUUUUCCGAAACAAAAGCCUAUCCUGUUCCAACUAAGAAGUUGCUACGGAGUAUCUCCUAUCUCAACAAAAUGAAGCUUUUAGUUCACGUUAUCGAAGCUCGGUGCCUGCCAGCAAUGGAUCUUAAUGGGUCUAGUGAUCCCUAUGUGAGGUUGCAGCUCGGAAAGCGGCGUUUCAAGACAAAGGUAGUGAAGAAGAACUUGAACCCUUAUUGGGAUGAGGAGUUCAGCUUCAGAGUUGGGGAUCUAAGUGAAGAGCUCGCUAUUUCGGUACUGGACGAGGAUAAGUACUUCAAUGAUGAUUUCCUGGGGCAAGUCAAUAUUCCAUUGUCAAAGGUUUUUGAUUCGGAAAGUUUGUCACUUGGGACCCAAUGGUAUCAGCUGCAGCCCAAGAACAAGAAAUCAAAGUUGAAGGGUUGUGGAGAAAUACAUUUGGGUGUAUCAUUGUCUCAGAAGGGCAGUUCCAAGAAUGCAACACCUGAAACAUACCAUUCUUGUUCUGAUGAAGUUACAUCAAGCUCAGAUAAAUCAAGUGAACUAACAAGAGAACCGCUUCCAUCAUUUUCAAAUGACAAAAGGGAAUCAUCUUCUGUCCUGGUGGUUGAAAAUUCUGAAUCUCUUGAAGGAAAGUUGGACGCGUCAUCAUUUGUUGACCGCAUGUUUCAGUUUUUCACUGGGAGAAAUCAAGAAGCUGCGACCACUUCAAGCAGAGAUAUCGAUAUCCCUGAAGACCCUGAGGAGGCAACAAUGAACCCAGAGGUUUCUAUAACAAAAACUGAUGAAGCUGCAUCGAGCAUGACAUUUGAUGAAUUAUUGAAAGUAAUGGAGUCAAAAGACGAAGGGAGUGAAAUACCUGGAAAUUUAUCUGGAGGAGUUCUUCUUGACCAGUCUUAUGCAGUGGCACCUACUGAUCUGAACUCCCUGUUAUUCUCACCAACUUCCAACUUUUUGCAAUCUCUGGCUGACCUUCAAGGCACCACAGGUCUGCAAGCUGAACCUUGGAAAUUGGAAAAUGGUGGAAAGAGUUUGAAAAGGGUGAUUUCAUACACAAAAGCUGCAACUAAACUAGUGAAGGCUGUGAAAGCAACAGAGGAGCAGAUUUUUCUCAAGGCAGAUGGAAAAUCAUAUGCAGUAUUGUUAAGUGUGAGCACUCCUGAUGUUCCUUUUGGAAACUCUUUCAAGACAGAAGUCCUCUUCUGCAUUUUGCCCGGUCCUGAGUUAGAAUCAAAUGAGCCCUCCUCACGUUUGGUAAUAUCCUGGCGCAUGAAUUUUCUGCAAAGUACAAUGAUGAAAGGUAUGAUUGAAAAUGGAGCGAGGCAAGGCCUAAAGGACAGUUAUGCUCAGUUUGCUGAUGUGCUAUCCCAGAAUGUUAAACCGUUGGACUUGAAAGAUGCUGGGUCUGGCAAAGAGCAAAUCUUAGCCACUUUGCAGACAGAACAAGAGUCAGGUUGGAAGCUAGCAUUUCGGUUCUUUGGAAAUUUUACCAUUAUUUCCACUCUUAUUGUUAGUUUGUAUGUUAUGGUACACAUUUUGCUUUCAAAUCCUAGCAAAAUCCAGGGUCUUGAGUUUGCUGGUUUAGAUUUGCCCGACUCAAUUGGAGAAGUUGUAGUUUGUGGGGUUUUGGUUCUUCAAGGAGAACGUGUUUUGAACAUGAUCGGGCGUUACAUACAAGCUAGGAAGCAAAGAGGUACUGAUCAUGGAGUACGAGCACAAGGAGAUGGAUGGUUGCUAACUGUUGCAUUGAUUGAGGGUAGUAAUUUAGCAGCAGUAGAUUCAUCUGGUUAUUCAGAUCCUUAUGUGGUUUUUACCUGCAAUAAUAAAACAAAAACAAGCUCAAUCAAGUUUCAGACGCCAGAUCCUCAGUGGAAUGAGAUUUUUGAAUUUGACGCAAUGGAUGACCCUCCAUCAAUGAUGGAUGUGGAGGUCUUUGAUUUUGAUGGACCUUUUGAUGAAGCUAUAUCUCUUGGUCGUGCUGAAGUCAACUUUGUGAAGUCCAAUUUAUCCGAAUUAGCUGACGUAUGGAUUCCACUGCAAGGAAAAUUGGCUCAGGCAUGCCAGUCUAAGUUGCAUUUGAGGGUUUUCUUGAAUAACACAAGGGGUAAUGAAGUUGUCACGCGGUAUCUAACAAAGAUGGAGAAGGAAGUUGGGAAAAAGAUAAAUGUUCGGUCACCUCAAACAAAUUCAGCCUUUCAGAAGAUCUUCAAUCUGCCGCCUGAAGAAUUCCUUAUCAACGAUUUCACCUGUCACUUGAAACGCAAAAUGCCAAUGCAGGGUCGCCUCUUUCUAUCUCCAAGAAUAAUUGGCUUUUACACAAACCUCUUUGGGCACAAGACCAAGUUCUUCUUUCUCUGGGAGGACAUUGAAGACAUUCAAGUAGUUCCUCCAUCACUGUCUUCAAUGGGCAGCCCAUCACUAAUGAUGAUUCUUCGACAUGGCAGAGGUCAUGAUGCAAGGCAUGGAGCAAAGUCAGUUGACAAGGAUGGAAGACUUCGAUUUCAGUUCCAGUCAUUCGUUUCAUUCAAUGUGGCCAACAGGACCAUCAUGGCACUGUGGAAGGCAAGAUCCUUGAGUCCAGAACAGAAAGUGCAGAUAGUUGAAGAAGAAUCUGAAGAACAAACUCUUUACUCUGAAGAAAGUGGAUCAUUUUUAGGCAUUGAAGAAGCAAAAAUGUCUGAGGUCUUCUCCUCUGUUGUCCCUGUUCCCAUUAAAUCGCUGAUGGAGUUAUUUGAGGGGAGUUCUGUAGAACAUAGAGUAAUGGAGAAAGUCGGUUGUGUUGACUAUUCUAUUACUCCUUGGGAAUUAGUGAAAGGUGAUAUGUACCAAAGGCAAGUCCAAUACACAUUUGACAAAAAACUAUCCCGUUAUGGAGGGACAGUGACCAGUACGCAGCAAAAAUCUUCUCUACCCGAUAAGAAAGGUUGGGUUAUUGAAGAAGUCAUGACGCUCCAAGGAAUUCCUCUUGGCGAUUAUUUUGAUCUUCAUAUAAGAUACCAUGUGGAGGAUCUCUCACCGAAGUCCAAGGCAUGCAAUGUUCAAGUAUCCUUGGGGAUUUCUUGGCUGAAAAGCACCAAACAUCAGAAGAGGAUAACAAAGAAUGUCAUAUCCAAUUCAUCUGUUCGCCUUAAGGAAAUCUUUCGUCAAGUUGAAAAGGAAUUCACAACAGGAAGUAAAUAGAUACUGCGACUCCAUUAUACUUGAUUCUAUCAGCUAGAAGCAAAAGAUAAUCCAAGUGCCACAUUGAAUUCUGAACCAAAUUUCAUAAAAUUUGGCUCCCGUAGCAAAGAUUUGGAAUCUUUCGACGCUGUGAGUUCUUUUGAAAGAGCACAGAGCUUCAAGUUCCAACAGUGUUGAACCAGCUAAAUUUGUUAGCAUACACAGAGGCCAAGACUAUGGAUGAAGGAGGAAUCUGAUACCUGAGAGGUUAGUAACCACAUGGUUCUUUAUUCUUUUGCACAUAUGUAUACUAUACACUUUGGCUUCUGGCCUUUUGUUAAUCUAUAGAUUCUAGAUUAGAAAAAAAGAAUAAAAUGGAGGAUGGACGACAACGUGUCUUGUAAUAUCAGGAUCUGAUGAUAAUUAUUUGUAACCAUCAAGAUCUCAGUUCAUGUUAUUGAUUUAUACGGAAAAAAGAAACAAAGUUUUGUUGUACUUCAACUGUGCUGUAACUGCCUCUGAAUGCUAUACAAUUAUUCUUUUUGUA